CAAUUCUGUCUAUUGUGUUUAUCUUGAGCUCUCCACAGUUGACUCGUGAAUGGAUACAGCGUUACCGUUUAAAAUUAUUACCCCUGUUUCGGACAUGGACUGGAAACCAUCUUAGGUAGUAACGUUAGUCAGCUGUGCACAAAUGCGAAAAUGAACAAAGGGUGGCUGGAGCUCGAGAGUGAUCCAGGGCUCUUCACUUUGCUGGUUGAAGACUUUGGUGUCAAAGGUGUCCAAGUAGAGGAAAUCUAUGAUCUUCAAAGCAAAUGUCAAAGUCCCGUCUAUGGCUUCAUCUUCCUGUUCAAGUGGAUUGAGGAACGUCGAUCCAGGAGGAAAGUUAACACCCUGGUGGAUGAGACAUCGGUCAUUGAUGAGGAAAUAGUAAAUGACAUGUUCUUUGCUCAUCAGCUGAUACCAAAUUCAUGUGCCACCCACGCUUUGUUGAGUGUGCUUCUGAACUGCAGCGGCGUUGAGCUCGGCACCACCCUUAGUCGUAUGAAGGCUUUCACCAAAGGCUUUAGUCCAGAGAGUAAAGGUUACGCAAUAGGAAAUGCCCCCGAGCUUGCCAGAGCACAUAACAGCCAUGCCAGACCGGAGCCCAGGCACCUGCCGGAGAAACAGAAUGGGAUCAGUGCCGUGCGGACCAUGGAGGCCUUCCACUUUGUUAGCUAUGUGCCAAUCAAAGACCGCCUCUUUGAGCUCGACGGACUCAAGGCUUACCCCAUUGACCACGGGCCCUGGGGAGAGGAGGAGGAAUGGACCGAUAAAGCUCGGCGGGUUAUCAUGGAGAGGAUUGGACUGGCCACUGCCGGUGAGCCGUACCAUGACAUUCGCUUCAACCUGAUGGCAGUGGUGCCUGACCGCAGGAUGAAGUACGAGUCCAAACUGGAAAUUCUAAAGAGGAAUCGACAGACUGUUUUGGAGGGUCUGCAGAAGAUGAUCCGGCUCACUCAGCCUGAGCUUGUCCAUGACAAGAAGCAGCAGGAGUCGUCCUCCACUGAUGAUAACACCACUGCGGUCAAGAAGGAGGCAGAUGCAGAGCCAGUUACAUCGCAGGGGGCUGAUCAAGAUUCAGUGGAUGAGUCAGGAGGUCAGUCUAAGGAUGCCCCCAGCCCCUCAGGAAACACUAAGGUCAUGGGCAAACCACCAGUCCCCACAGGUCCCCAGCAAGUCACCAGUCCCAACCCCAUCGUUCAACGCCUGCCUGCCUUUCUGGACAACCACAACUACGCCAAGUCUCCAAUGCAGGAAGAGGAGGAUCUUGCUGCUGGAGUUGGUCGCUCUCGAGUGCCAGGGACACAACGCCAGUACUCUGACGAUGAAGAUGACUAUGAGGAUGAUGAGGAGGAAGUAACUGAUUCCACAGUCAAAUCCAACAGGUUUAGACGGAAGGGAAGUCUGCGAACGCGACCAGGACGAGUCGGGACUGGAAUGGAGAGCCAGAUUGCCCUCACCGUAUUGGCUGAGAAACUGAAGGAGGCCCAAAGAAAAGAUGCCCUAAAUACACCCCUCUCAGUACGCACAGAGGGGCGCACAGGAGGCAUCUGCAUCACAUCUGCCUCACAGCCUUCCCCCACACCCAGCAAUGAAAGCACGGACACAGCCUCUGAGAUUGGCAGCGCCUUCAACUCCCCGUUGCGCUCACCAGCGCGCUCCCAGGCUGCCACGCGUCCAUCCAGUCCGGUUGCAUCCCAUCUGUCCCGUGUGCUGUUUGGAGAAGACGAGAUGCUGAGGCUGGACUCCAGACACAACCGCGCCGUGAGAGAACUGGGUCCCUCUGUCAGCGCGGCCUUGUUACACCUGCAGGAGGACGGAGUCAUCUACGCUCUCCCUCCAUCUGAUUUGGCUGCUGAUGGCACAAAGCGACCGUGCACUCCUGAAAAGAUAAAAGACAAAGAGAAGGCAGACCCCUCAGCAGGAGAGAAGGAAGGGGUGAACGAGGGAGACGAAGGACCGUCUGUGGAGGUGAAAGAAGAGGAGAACAAAGACGGAGCAGAGGUGAGACCAAGCAAGGAAAAGCCCAAUGCUGUGGAAACCGCUGCGGACAGCAAGCCCCCUGGGGAUAAGUACUCUCCCAAAGAGCUACUCGCACUGCUCAAGUGUGUAGAGGCUGACAUCGCUAAUUAUGAAGUGUAUCUAAAGGAGGAAGUAGAGAAGAGAAAGAAAUAUAAAAUUGAUGAUCAGAGAAGGACCCAUAAUUACGAUGAGUUCAUUUGCACCUUUAUAUCAAUGCUGGCCCAAGAAGGCAUGCUGGCCAGCCUUGUGGAGCAAAACAUUUCCGUGCGCCGUCGGCAGGGAGUGAGUAUCGGCCGCUUGCACAAACAGAGGAAACCUGAUCGCAGGAAACGCUCCCGACCUUACAAAGCCAAGCGCCAGUAAUUACAAACAAUCAUACCUUCUGUGAGAAAUGUACUCCUGCGAGCACCGAGCAAUCACCACAGAGAAAGUGGAACUGAUGCACUCCUGAAAAUCUCUUUCGCAACGGCAGUCUAGUGUUGUAUUUUAGAGCCUACUCUCCAUCAUGAAAUCGACUGCGUGUUUGGUCAGUUGUUUUAUCAUUUGUAUAUAUAUAUGUGCGACCAUUUUAGCUCAAUGUAAAUUUUCUUCUCUCUAGUGCCACCACUGAUGACGGUUUGUAAAUAUGAAAAAAAUGAAUUGUGCAUCUGAAUGAAUUUUUCAUCUGGCAAAGUAUUCAUUCUGACUAAACAGUCCUACGGUCAGUGCAGUUGUCACUAAAUAUACAAUUUGGUAGCAAUAUUUCCUCAACUGUUUCCCUCUCUCUUGUUUUUAUGGUGCCAAUGAAGUAUUGAAUGUUUGACCAAAAAAAAGGCCACAUUUUAUUUAUCCAUAGCAUUUCAGUUAUAAUCUCGUCACUGUUGGUAACUCACUAUAUAUAACAUAAAAAGCAUCUUUUAAUCACAUUCUUCAUCGACAGUUUUUAAACUUAAGAAGGCGUCAUGAUGCAUCAAGGUUUUUUCUUCCAGCUGAGGGUCUCUAGUUGUGUAUGACUAUCUCUUGAGGUCCCGCAAAUGAAAAACAAGCUCUGUGUUAUUUUUGUACCUGAGACCUCAAACUGAGUGAAUAUCAAGUCGGAUGUGUGCACUUGUGUGUUUUUGUACAUAUGUAUCUGUUAAUUGGCUCACCUGUUCACUGAGCUCAGUCGGUCUUUGUGCUUGCCAAUUCAUACUAUAAUAAAGUCAAUG